AUGUCACAAGAAAGCAACAUUGAGUUAGACAUUGAAAUAGACAAUGAAGAAGAUGAGUUCUUGGCUAACAUUGAUUUUCAUUUGAUUGAGGCAGCUAUGAUCUUGCAACAGGAUGAUGAAUCAGUUCCAAAUAAUGUCAAUGAGAAUGAACCGGUAGUUCAUCCUACUGAACAAAAUGAAGAUGUCAGCAACACAAUAAAUAUUGGUAAUCCACGAUUUGUUACUUCAAACACAGAAGUUGUUGAUAAAUUUCUUGAAGAUGGCAUUAAUAAGAACACUAAAGUUAAAACUGACCAAGACAUUAAAUUAUUCCAAGAAUUUUUGGUUUCUGUGGCUGAAAGUAGGCCAAUUCUUCAAAUCCCUCCUGAAGAGUUAUCUGCCUAUGUCAGUAAUUUCAUCUAUGCAGUAAGGAAAAAAGAUGGCCAGGAAUAUGAGCCAAACUCUCUCAUAUCAAAGUUCCAAAGCAUUCAAAGGUUCCUCAAUGUGAAUCAAUAUGGCUUCUCACUAUCAAAAGAUCAGGUUUACCAGAAAUGUAAGCAGGUGUUGAAAGCAAAAACAAAACACUUCAAAUCACAAGGAAAGGGUAAUAACCCAAAUGCUGCUGCUGCCAUAACAUCCGACGAUUUAGAGAAAUUCUAUGCAGCUGACCAGCUUGGUGAAAACAAUCCUAGAGCACUUCAAAAUUCAAUGUGGUUUAUUUGCACCAAUUUAUUUGAUAUGCGGACUGGCACAGAGGUUCAUUCUCUUUGUUGGGGAGAUGUAAAGUUGAUGUCUGAUGAUGAUGGCUCCGAAUAUCUAAUGUAUAGUCAGGAGUGCCAAACUAAAACUAGGACUUGGGCUGAUCCUCGUGAUACAAGAAAAUUAAAGCCAAGAGCUUAUGAAGUUAUUGAAAAUCCGGCACGUUGUCCAGUGGCUUUGUAUAAGCAAUUUGCUAAAAGCCGUCCAGAAGCAAUGUUGGAGCCAAACUCUCCAUUCUCCAUAACUGUAGCUUCUAAUGUACCUGAAAAUGGAAAACUUUGGUAUAAGAAAUGUGCCAUGGGGAUUAACAAAAUAUACAGCAUAAUGAAGGAUAUGAAGCAUGCAGCAAACAUAGAUAAGCCAAAUUUAACACCAUACAGGCAAGUAAUAAAUAAAAAUUGCAUUUAA